AUGGCAGCUAAUGGCAGGAGUGUGAUGAUCAAUGGUGGAAGUUACUCGCAGAGGUUUUAUGGGCGUAUGAUCCCCAAGAGAGGUCAAGUUAAGGUGGCGAUAGUGCUGGGUUACAAUCUACUGGAGUACCGGUCAAGAUCGUCAACUAAAGAGUCAAAAACAACGUCCCCGCCUUGUAAUUUCUUGCAAGAACCAAGGGCAUUAAUCAACAGAAGCCUUAAUAUAAACCCAGAAGAGGUAAACUUCAAUCACACCAAACUGACACUCUUGGCUCUGACUUGGUUUCUAACUCUCUUGCAAGAAAAGGCAGUGAGUGACCCCUUUGAUCUUUCUCAAAGAAACAAAGAAGAAAGAGAGAUGGUAGGUGCAAAAAGACUUAACGGUGGGAAAGUUUCCAGGGGGUUUGUUAGCCGUCCGAUCCCAAAGAGAGGACAGCUUAAGGUGGCUAUAGUUGUGGGUUUGGCUCACACUUUUGCUUCUUUCUUUUCUCAAAGUACUGGUCAGCGAGCUGCUUCGAAUAUUUCUUAG